GUACGUACUACCUGUAUGUGGCUUCCAGUAAUUGGACUCUCGCGCACAGGACUGACGAACAGGGUCAUGGCCAGGACGGCUGUGCUGGCGCUGCUCCCCGUGGUGAUGGCGGCUGUGUGCUGUGCCACCACCACCACCACUGGCACCACCACAGUACCCAUCACCACCACUUCGUCAGCCCCUUCCACCACCACCAGCACCACCACUAGCACCGCAGCUCCCACCACUACUACUACUGACGUGCCCUCCUCUACCACCACCACCACCACCACCAUCGCCUCCACUGCCGGUGAUGUCACGGUAUUGGAAGAGAAGGAGGGCGUGAUCGCGGAUACCACCAAUGAUAUCACGCAGGAGGUGCCGCACAACGAUGUCGCGCUGACUUCGGCCUUCCCCGCCAAACUCGGCCGGUGUCCCAGGCGGAUGAUGGACGCCUCGCUGUGUCCUGAGGGGCUGCAGGACCAGUGUUCCAGUGACGCAGACUGUUCCGGCAACGGGAAGUGCUGCUCCACUGGGUGCGCCAAAGUGUGCAUCCGCCCCGUGAAGUCUGUGUGUGAGAUGAAGCGCGACAACACGUACAGAAGAGCUCGCGACCUGGGCCUCGAUGUCAACACGCUACCGCAUAUCGACUGUGACAACGAGGGAGGAUUCGCGCCCAUCCAAUGCCAGGGCGAUCGCUGCUUCUGCGUUGACCAGCGGACGGGCCUCGAGAAGCCAGGCACCCGAGCCCCCACCCUAGAACUUGUCAAUUGCUCAGCUCCCCGCCCCUGUGCCGCCUACCAGUGUCGAAUGCUGUGUCCUUACGCCUUUGAACUGGACGAAGAGGGGUGUCCGUUGUGCCAGUGUCAUGACCCUUGCCGCCACGUGACCUGCCCAGGGGAUACGGCCUGCACCCUGGAGGAGGAACCCUGUGACAUGGAGCCCUGCCCGCCCCUGCCCUCCUGUAAAAAGCCCCGCAGCCUGUCCAGCCUGUGCGCCAUGGGGGAGCCGCUCAUGAUGGGAGAGGACCAGCAGCGCCCCUUCCUGUGUGGCACCAACCCAGGCACUCCAUCCUGCCCGCCCCUCUACAAGUGUGACGUCUCGCCAGGACGUGACUACGGCGUGUGUUGUGCAGCCGUGGAUGAACUGAAGAAGCCAGGCCAGUGUCCGAUGGAGGGGGGCGGCGGUGUGGUAGGCGUGGGGGGUGAGGAGGAGGAGAUGAGGUGCGGCGCCUCCUGCCUGCAUGACCUCCAAUGUCCAUCCACUCAGAAGUGUUGCAUCUCCGACAUUUGUGGCCAGCAUUGUGUUCAGCCCGCCAACCUGACAGCGUGUUUGCAGCAGAGGAUGAUUGCGGAGCUGCUGGUGGUGACGGAGAGGCGAGGCAAAGGUUACGUGCCACAGUGUAGGGAGGAGGACGGUCUAUACGUGGCCCGCCAGUGCUCCAGGAACGGUCUCAUCUGCUGGUGUGUGGAUCCUCAGGGUAACAAGGUGCCCAGGUCUCUCGGCGCCGCCCACGAGGUCAACUGUGACAAUGAGACGCGCGUGGAGGCGCGGCGGGCUUGUGAGGGGGAGCUGUUGUGUACUGCCUCCUGUGAGUACGGCUACCAGCUGGACGCAUCUGGCUGCCCCACCUGCACCUGUGACGAUCCCUGCGAGGAGCUCACCUGCCCCGAGGCUUCCACGUGUGUCAUGAGAACCGACCCGGGCUGCGAGGGACCCCAGUGUUCCGCCGUCCCCAUGUGUUUAUCCAACGAUUCGGACGAGCUCCUUCACCCAUCCACCACCACCACCACGUCCACCACUACCACCACCACCGCUACACCCUCGUCCACACCCCCACCAGCGUGUCCUAACGGCCUGACGCCUCUGUCUGUCGGGGAUGUGGUGGCGGUGUGCGGGCCUGAUUCCCCCUGCCCCAGUGAUCACAUGUGCACGCCGCCAGCAGACCCCAACGCUCAGCCAGCCUGCUGCCCUGUUGUGUCCAUCAUUGAGGCGACCAAACCCGGCCAGUGUCCCUUCGUGAGGUCAGCGAGUGCCGAGCUGUGCGGGGGUGAACGCUGCGCCGCGGACUCUGAAUGCGGAGAGGACCUGAAGUGCUGCGUGGUGCCGGGUUGUGGUCCAUCCUGCGUGCCGCCCCAGAAUCUGCCCUGGAACACGGCCUCCUGCAGGGACCCACCAGUGAGUGUCCUGUGUGAGUACCUGCGUGACCUGGUGGAGCUGGAGGGCGUGACCUUGGCCGUGCCCACCCCAGCGUGUGACGAGAACGGAGCCUACCUUCCCGUGCAGUGCAACCCGCUGGGACAGUGCUGGUGUGUGGACGACUUCGGCACGGAGGUUCCCGGCACUAAAGCCUCGUCGCGUGAGCUGGUGGUGUGCGACAGGCAGCGAGUGGAAAGGGGCUGCGGGGAGAUGCUGUGUCGUCUUGGGUGUGACUACGGCUUCGUGCUCGACCCCGUCACCGCCUGCCCGCUCUGUCAGUGUCGAGACCCGUGCCAGGAGGUGAAGUGCGCCACCAGCCACGUGUGUCAGAUGGUGGACAUCCCCUGUGUGGACGGCGUGUGUCCUGCCGUGCCCCAGUGCGUGCCUGUGCUGGAGGCGUGGUCCGCGCCCUCCUGUCCUCUGGGAGACCCCUACACCCUGCCCGAGACCAACGCCACCCUCGCCUGCAGUCCCCGCGCCCGCGCCCUCGAGUGUCCCCAGGGCUACUCCUGCCUCGCCGAGGACUCAGGCGUGGAGGGCGUGUGUUGUCCCAGCCCCGGCGCAAGUAAGAAGGCUGGCCAGUGUCCUUUCCUGGUGCCAGUUCUGAGCGGUUCGUGCGACCUGGAGUGUUCUGACGAUUCGCACUGUCUCGGAGACCACAAGUGUUGCAGCAAUGGGUGUGGGACGCAAUGCCUGCCGCCCAUCAUCAUGACUGCGUGCGAGCACCAAAGGACACUACUCGAGCACCGCGCUAGAGAGGCAGGUAUUCCCGCUGGCCGCGUGUACCUUCCAGAGUGCGAUGCUGCUGGUGCCUUCCUCUCCACGCAAUGCCAUCCCGCCACACUGACCUGCUGGUGUGUGGAUACUCAGGGGCAGGAGGUUCCCGGCACGCGCGUCAGCCAACCCUCGCAGCCAGACUGUCAGGCCCCACUGGUGUGCCCUGCCAUGAACUGUGACCUGGCCUGCCUACACGGAUACAGCCUGGACGAUGCGGGCUGCCCCACCUGCGCUUGCCGCGACCCCUGUGAGGAAGUGACUUGCGCAGCGCCUCAGGAGGAGUGUCGCAUCGUGCACGUUGCCUGUGUGGAUGAGCCCUGCCCGCCACUGCCUGUGUGUCUGCCGCGCCUAGAGAACCCCUGCCCCUACGGUUCACCUCUGAGGGUUAAUGGCAGUGAGGUGGAGUGUGGGCCGGAGGGCAGCACGUGUCCCUCCAGCCACAAGUGUCACCUCUCGCCUCUCGGAGAGUACGCCCUCUGCUGCUCCAAGCCACGGGAGGUUUGCUACGACCAGCGGGACUCCGGAUACUGCGAGGGUGCCAUCAAGAGAUGGUAUUUCAACCCCGAGCAGAACAGAUGUCAGACAUUCCGGUAUGGCGGCUGUGGCGGAAACCUCAACAACUUUGAGAGCGAGGAGGAGUGCCUGGCCACCUGCCCUUCACUCAGCUCCUGUGAGAGAAUGAGGGAGAAGAACAUUCGCCACGCUGAGAAGGGAAAGAAGGUCACCUUCAUCCCCAAGUGUGACCGGUCGAGUGGCGCCUGGCUGGCUGAGCAGUGCCUGGAGGAGCUGGGUGUGUGCUGGUGCGUCACACCUCAUGGGGACCAGGUGCCGGGCUCUCUCACUCGCGGCGCCCCACAGUGCCAAGGGAGUGCCAGAGCUGCAAGGAGAAUGAGUUUUGAUCCUGCCACCCCAACUAAUAUGAUCUGCGAGCCUGGCCAGACAGUGCACGUGUGUGAUAAGCAGCUGUGCGAGGGGCAGGUCUGCUUCUCGCACCCUCACGCCAUCUGCCGAGUCAACCCCUGCGGCGGCUGCUCCGUGCAAUUUGUGGACGACUUCAACUCCCCCGUUAACUGUGAGGUGGGACUCAGUGAGUGUCAGAGGGAACUGCAGCGCGUCCUCAACUCUCCCGCCUUCACACGGCCCUCCUCCUCUCUACCAACUGGCCACACCUUCCCUGCCUCUCGCUCCACACAAGUUCACUAUGACGUGGAUCUCUUCAGAAAUGUGGAUGUAUACCACUCACAGCCCAUUGAGGAGGAGGCAGCGUCCUCCUCCUCAUCCAGCAGCUUCCGCCAGGCUCGCACGCUGGAGCUGGAGAUGCCCGGAGUGCUGACAGUGUCUGGGGAUGUGGUGGAGGAGGCGAAAGAACACCACAGGGAGGCUCGCAGCACAGACCAUCAGGUGUUGCAGAGCUCUCCCUUGGUAGAGGCGACACUGGUAGAUCCUGAGGACCUGGCUGGACACCUGACGGAGCACACAGCUGCCCCUCACCUCCCCUUCUCUGGCCAGUACCCGCCCCGCCUUACCCUUGACGACACAUUUGAGGCUGUCCCCACUGAAGAUCUGGUCCCAAAGCCAGGCACGUGUCCCAGCCCCCCCAGUGAUGCCUCCUUGCUGACCUGUGUGCCCAGCCAGCAGUGCAUGUAUGACACUCAGUGCGACGGCUCUAAGAAAUGUUGCUUCAAUGGAUGUGGCUCCGUGUGUGUUGAGCCUCAGGAGACACCAGCAUCUGCUCAGGGCAUGGCAGUGCAACCUCCAGCGUGUGAGAGUGAUGGUUCAUACGCACGAGAGCAGCAUGCCGGGGGCCUGUCCUGGUGUGUGGAUGCCCGGGGCCGCCCUGUGCACGAGACUCUCACUCGGGGCCACGUCCGCUGCGGCAAUAAUGGUCAGCUUCUGGAGCAGGUGUCGGUGGGUUUGGUGUGCCCUCACGGGGUGCGGCCGCGUGUAUGUCGCUCUGAGUGCCUCCACGCCUCCUGCCAGGCUCACCCAGAUGCUGUGUGUGUUGCUGAUCCUUGCAACAACUGUCGUGUAACCUUCUACAGCCCCAGUGGGAGAAAGUUCACUGUGAGGACCGGUGCUCCCAGCCGCUGGCCAAGGGCAUGUGCCGUGCCUCGUUCAAGCGUUACUUCUACAACACUUCCUCCCAGACCUGUGAGGAGUUCAUCUUUGGUGGCUGCCUGGGCAACGACAACAACUUUGGUACCCUGGAGGAAUGCCGCCAGGAAUGCCAGAGUCCAGCAGAUAUCUGCAGCCAGCCAGUGCAGGCCGGUGUGUGCUCUGGAGGCGAGGCACGCUGGUACUACAACACAGACACCCGCAAGUGUGAACCGUUCCUCUACAGCGGCUGUGGCGGCAACGGCAACAAUUUCAGGGGCAAGAGUCAGUGUGAGGCGCGCUGCCCUGACCUGGUGCUGUGUCCGUACUGGUCAGCGGCCAGCAUGGAGCCUGUGCCGUGCUCUCGGUCCAGGGCAUGCCACAACCAGAGUUGCCAUGGCCAUCCAGGCGCCCUGUGCCGCGCCGACCCCUGCACCUGCUCCGCCACCUUCGUUGAUGAGCAGGAGCAGCCACUCACCUGCCUCACCCCCACCGAGCCACCCAAGACCCGCCUCACCUUCACCUUUGAGGAGGAUUCUAGCACCAGCAAGGACCAGCAGGGACAGGAGGUCAUGGUGGGUCAGGAGGGGGAGACGCUGGACACUCAGGACCCCCACGGUGCCGGGCCUGUCACCAUCUACCUGGAAGGGGAGCCAACCCUCACACGCUGCCAACUCCUACAGCAACACCUUCAGGAGAGCAACUCAUUGAAAUAUGUGGCUCAGUGUGACGAGGAUGGCCGCUUCAUCCCCUCCCAGUGCUACACACCAGGAGUCACCAUAGACGGCUUGCUGGAGGAGCCCAAGUGUUGGUGUGUGGACGAGACAGGACACAAGACUCAGCCCACCGCCUACUUCACCA